AUGGUCCUCGGGGAUUACUCGGUGGCUCCCGGCACGGGGAGGCCGGUGGCCCGCGGCCAAGGGGUUGGGAAAUCCUCUGCCGGCGUGUUUUUGGGAGAUGCUGUGUUUGGGAGACCCACCUCUGUGUGUCCCCGUGCUGGUGGCCACAGAGGAGACCUCAAUGUGGCCACCUGUGGUUGUCACCCACCUCUGUGUGUGUGUCACAGUCCCGGUGGCUGUGGAGGGGACUUUGGUGUGGCUGCUUGUUCCUGUCACCUGUCUUGCUGCGUGCCACCACCAUGGUGGCCACGGAGGGGACCUGGGUUGUGGCCGCCUGUCCUUGUCACCCAUCUUUGUGUGCCUCAGUGGGUGGGUGGCCACAGAGGGGACCUCGGUUGUGGCCGCCUGUGCCUGUCACCCCUCUUCCUGCCUGUCCCCCGUCCCCGUGGCUCAGGCUGCCGCGUCCCCGCAGAUGGUGACGACGAGCUGCUGCGGGGCCUCGAGGGGGCCCUGGGGGUGAAGAAGAAGAAACGGGGCCCCCGGAAGCAGAAGGAAAAUAAACCCGGAAAACCACGGAAACGGAAAAAACUGGUGAGCGAGGAUGAGCUGGAGUCGGAGCGGGAGGAGUACCAGCGGGACGAGUACCGGGAGAAGUCGGAGAGCGGGGGCAGCGACUCCGGGGGGGCGGCCAGGAAACGGCGGCGGAAGCACCGGGAGAAGAAGGAAAAGAAGACGAAAAGACGGAAAAAGGCCGAUGAGGAGGGGGGGCAGAAGGUGAAGAAGCGCAGCAAGAGCCCGCGGGUGCCGGAGCUGAAGAGGAAGAUGAAGGGGAGGAAGAUGGCGCCGCUGAAGAUCAAACUGGGGGUACUGGGAGGGAAGCGCAAGAAGAGCAGCUCGGUAGGGCCCGGACACCGGGGGCCGGAGGAGGAGGGGGAUGGCUACGAGACGGACCACCAGGACUACUGCGAGGUGUGCCAGCAGGGGGGGGAGAUCAUCCUCUGCGACACCUGCCCCCGCGCCUACCACCUCGUCUGCCUCGACCCCGAGCUCGACCGCGCGCCCGAGGGGCGCUGGAGCUGCCCCCACUGCGAGAAGGAAGGUGUGCAGUGGGAGGCGAAGGAGGAAGAGGAGGAGGAGGAGGAAGAGGAGGAGGAAGGGGAGAAGGAGGAGGAGGACGACCACAUGGAGUACUGCCGCGUCUGCAAGGACGGGGGGGAGCUGCUCUGCUGCGACGCCUGCGUCUCCUCCUACCACAUCCACUGCCUCAACCCCCCCCUGCCCGAGGUCCCCAACGGAGAGUGGCUCUGUCCCCGCUGCACGCCCCGGCAGCCGACGGUGAAGUACGAGACGCAGCCGCGGUUCAUCACGGCGACGGGGGGGACCCUGCACCUCUACCAGCUGGAGGGGCUCAACUGGCUGCGCUUCUCCUGGGCCCAGAGCACCGACACCAUCCUGGCCGACGAGAUGGGGCUGGGCAAGACCAUCCAGACCAUCGUCUUCCUCUACUCCCUCUACAAGGAGGGCCACACCAAGGGCCCGUUCCUCGUCAGCGCCCCGCUCUCCACCAUCAUCAACUGGGAGCGGGAGUUCCAGAUGUGGGCCCCCGCCUUCUACGUUGUCACCUACACCGGGGACAAGGACAGCCGGGCCAUCAUCCGCGAGAACGAGUUCUCCUUCGAUGACAACGCCAUGAAGGGCGGCAAGAAGGCCUUCAAGAUGAAGCGGGAGGCGCAGGUGAAGUUCCACGUGCUGCUGACGUCCUACGAGCUGAUCACCAUCGACCAGGCGGCGCUGGGCUCCAUCCGCUGGGCCUGCCUGGUGGUGGACGAGGCCCAUCGCCUCAAGAACAACCAGUCCAAGGUGCCCGCGCCCCCCCGGGGCAACCUGGAGGGGUUCCUGGAGGAGUUCGCCGACAUCUCCAAGGAGGACCAGAUCAAGAAGCUCCACGACCUGCUGGGUCCCCACAUGUUGCGGCGCCUCAAGGCCGAUGUCUUCAAGAACAUGCCGGCCAAGACCGAGCUCAUCGUCCGCGUGGAGCUCAGCCCCAUGCAGAAGAAGUACUACAAGUACAUCUUGACGCGCAACUUCGAGGCCUUGAACUCGCGGGGCGGUGGGAACCAGGUGUCGCUGCUCAACAUCAUGAUGGACCUCAAGAAGUGCUGCAACCACCCCUACCUCUUCCCCGUGGCCGCCAUGUCUAACCAGUGCCCGCAGAUGACGAAGAUGCUGGACCUGCUGGAGGAUUUCCUGGACUACGAGGGCUACAAGCCGGCUCCCCCCGCUGACGCCGGGGGGGCAGCGCCGGGGGCGCAGCAGUUCUGCUUCCUGCUGUCGACGCGGGCCGGGGGCCUCGGCAUCAACCUGGCCACCGCCGACACCGUCGUCAUCUUCGACUCCGACUGGAACCCCCACAACGACAUCCAGGCCUUCAGCCGGGCGCACCGCAUCGGCCAGGCCAACAAGGUGAUGAUCUACCGCUUUGUGACGCGGGCGUCGGUGGAGGAACGGAUCACGCAGGUGGCCAAGCGCAAGAUGAUGUUGACGCACCUGGUGGUGCGCCCGGGGCUGGGCUCCAAGGCGGGCUCCAUGUCCAAGCAGGAGCUCGAUGACAUCCUCAAGUUUGGCACCGAGGAGCUCUUCAAGGAUGAGAACGAGGGGGACAACAAGGAGGAGGACAGUAGCGUCAUCCACUACGACAACGAGGCCAUCGCCCGCCUGCUGGACCGCAACCAGGACGCCACCGACGACGCCGACGUCCAGAACAUGAACGAGUAUCUCAGCUCCUUCAAGGUGGCCCAGUACGUCGUGCGGGAGGAGGACAAGAUCGAGGAGAUCGAGCGGGAGAUCAUCAAGCAGGAGGAGAACGUCGACCCCGACUACUGGGAGAAGCUGCUGCGGCACCACUACGAGCAGCAGCAGGAGGACCUGGCCCGAAACCUGGGCAAGGGCAAGCGGGUGCGCAAGCAGGUCAACUACAACGACGCCGCCCAGGAGGACCAAGGUGGGCACUGGGAGGGACUGGAGGCCUGUGGGGACAGAGGCCUGUGGGGACAGAGGCCUGUGGGGACAGAGGCCUGUGGGGAUGUGGCCUGUGGGGACAAAGGACCUUGGGGACAGGGACCUUGGGGACAGAGACCCUGGGAAUGGGGUCUGUGGGGACAAGAGACCCUGGGGACAAGGACCUUGGGGACAGAGACACUGAGGAGGGGGUUCUGUGGGGACAGAGACCCUGGGGACAAGGAACCCUGGGGACAGAGGCCCUGGGGAUGGGGCCUGUGGGGACAAAGGCCUGUGGGGACAGAGGCCUGUGGGGAUGUGGCCUGUGGGGACAAAGGCCUGUGGGGAGGGGGUCUGUGGGGCCAAAGCCCCCCCUGGGUGUCCCGGGGGGGGUGUCAGUGGCAGAGGGUGGCCCUGAGCGUGUCCCCCAGGGCCUACGUGUCCCUCUUCAUGCGUCACCUCUGCGAGCCGGGCGCCGACGGCUCCGAGACCUUCGCCGACGGGGUCCCCCGGGAGGGGCUCUCGCGGCAGCAGGUCCUCACCCGCAUCGGCGUCAUGUCCCUCGUCAAGAAGAAGGGAUGGGGACAGAGGGGACACGGGGACGCGGGCAGGGUGGCGGGGUCACCUGGUGUCCCCGUGUCCCAACGUCCCCUGUCCCCAGCCACGCCGGCGCCCAGCGAGCGCGGGGACGGGACGGGGCCACCCCCGGACAGGGACGAGGGUGACACCAGGGACGAGAAGGAGCCCAAAGGCCCCGAGAAGAUGGAGACGGAGCCCCCUGUCCCCGAGGUGCCACCGUCCCCGGGCGAUGGCAGCGAGGCCGAAGGGCCCAGGAAGGGGGAGGAGGAGGAGGGACCCGGCCAGAGGGAGCCCGAGGCCGAAGGGCCCCCGGCCCGCGAGGAGCGACCAGCGCGCAGCCACGGCUACGCCCGCUGGACCGACAUCCAGAACGACGGCGCCUUCGGGGUCAUCAACGAACCCUUCAAGGGAGAGGCCUCCAAAGGCAACUUCCUGGAGAUGAAGAACAAGUUCCUCGCACGCCGCUUCAAGCUCCUGGAGCAGGCGCUGGUGAUCGAGGAGCAGCUCCGCCGCGCCGCGUACCUCAACAUGACGCAGGACCCCAGCCACCCCGCCAUGGCCCUCAACACCCGCUUCGCCGAGGUCGAGUGCCUGGCCGAGAGCCACCAGCACUUGUCCAAGGAGUCGCUGGCGGGCAACAAGCCCGCGAACGCCGUCCUGCACAAGGUGACUUUGCUGAGCGACAUGAAGGCGGACGUCACCCGCCUCCCCGCCACCCUCUCCCGCAUCCCCCCCAUCGCCGCCCGCCUCCAGAUGUCGGAGCGCAGCAUCCUCAGCCGCCUGGCCAGCAAGGGCACCGAGAGCCACCCCCCGCCUACCUUCCCGCCGGGGCCCUACGCCACCCCCCAAAGCUACGGGGGCACUUUUGGGGCCCCCCCGGCCGGAGCCCUCCCCCCUGGAGGGGCCAACUACAGCCAGAUGCCACCGGGCUCCUUCAUCACCGCAGAAUAA